UGCAAUGGCUACUAUUUUUGGCUACUGCAAUAUAUAAAAGUCUAUGCACAGAAGUUUGUAGUCAUUGAUUUUGACGUAUUUCCUGCGUUCGCACGUGAAACUAUUUCGACCGGCAAAUUAUUUUUCAUACUCUCUUGGAAACUGGCAAGACAGAUAUUAAGGGGAAUAAAAAUGACCUUGACAUGGGAUGAGAAAUAUAGACUUAUUACCAGGAAUCUGGCAGAAUGGUUAGGGGAUGAGAAACUCAAAAGCAUUCUAAAGGAACGUGAUCUCAAGCUGUAUUGGGGUACAGCUACAACAGGGAGGCCUCACAUUGGUUACUUUGCACCUAUGUGCAAGAUAGCUGAUUUCUUACGAGCAGGAGUGGAGGUGACGGUACUCUUUGCAGAUCUUCAUGCAUAUUUAGAUAACAUGAAGGCACCUUGGGAACUUUUGGAACUUCGUACUCAAUAUUAUGAAGCUGUAAUAAAAGCAAUGUUGAAAUCCAUUGAUGUUCCAUUGGAUAAAUUAAAGUUUGUUAAAGGCACAGAUUAUCAGUUAUCAAAGGAAUACACGUUGGAUGUAUAUCGUCUAAGCUCGCUUGUGACAGAACAUGAUGCGAAAAAAGCUGGUGCUGAAGUUGUUAAACAAGUUUCUAAUCCUCUGUUAUCUGGUCUUCUUUAUCCAGGAUUACAAGCACUUGAUGAACACCAUUUAAAGAUAGAUGCACAGUUUGGUGGUGUUGAUCAGAGAAAAAUCUUUACUUUUGCAGAGAAGUAUCUGCCUAUAAUGGGAUAUCAGAAAUGUAUUCAUCUAAUGAAUCCAAUGAUUCCUGGUUUGGCAGGAGCAAAAAUGUCUUCAUCCGAAGAAGAUUCCAAGAUUGACUUGUUGGAUAAUGCUGCGACAGUAAAGAAAAAGUUAAAGAAAGCAUUUUGUGAACCUGGAAAUAUUGCAGACAAUGGAGUCUUAGCAUUUUCCAAACACAUUUUAUUCCCGUUAUUUAAAGAUGGCGAUGCUUUCAAUGUAUCAAGAACCAUAGAAUUUGGCGGCGAUGUGUCUUUUUCCAAGUAUGAGGAUUUAGAAGCCGCCUUUGCAAAGCAAGAUAUACAUCCUGGUGAUUUGAAGAACGCUGUAGAGAUAUACAUCAAUAAACUCUUAGAUCCAAUAAGAAAGGAAUUUGAAAAUUCAAAGUUGAAAACGCUUGCAAGCAAAGCAUAUCCUCCACCAAAAAAACAGAAGCCCUUGGAGAUGGAAAUUACUCCUGCAAGAUUGGAUAUUCGAGUAGGCAAGAUAGUCGAAGUUAAGAAACAUCCUGAUGCAGAUUCACUCUACAUUGAGAAAAUAGAUUUAGGUGAAUUAAGUGGCCCACGUACUAUAGUCAGUGGACUAGUCAAUUUUGUACCUUUGAAUGAAAUGGAAAAUAGAAUGGUGGUAAUCUUGGCCAAUUUAAAGCCAGCAACUCUUAGAGGAAUUUCAUCACAUGGAAUGGUUCUAUGUGCUUCAGUUGAGGAACCAACGAGGCAAGUAGAGCCUUUGAGACCUCCUGCAAACAGCAUGCCAGGUGAUAAAAUUAUUAUCGAGGGAUAUGAAGAUGGGACAGCAGAUGAUGUGUUAAAUCCAAAGAAGAAAGUGUGGGAAAAACUGCAGGUUGAUUUGGUGAUAAACGGAGAUGGUGCAGCAUCUUGGAGUGGGAAUCUACUACUCACUACAAUGGGCGGCAAGAUAACAAGUGAUACUCUCAGAAAUGUUCCAAUUAAAUAAUGCAAUUAUAACUAGCUUUACAUUCUUUACAUCGAUUAAUUGGCUAGAAAUCUGUUGCUCUUAUGAAAUGCUUCUUUUGCAUUUUUCCACCAUUUUUCUAGCAUUUAAUGGGCAUACAUAUACACCCAUCAAUAUACAAAAAAUAUUGAUUUAUAAUUAAUUUAAGUUAUAAAAGAUU